AUGUACACGUCGUUCCAAGAGCGAGCCACGUUCGUAUCGCAUGGCAACACAGCUCGGCUCGCCAAAGAGGGCGACGAUCCAGCGUGCAUUUACGGCACCACUACAUCCGACGAGAGGCUCUACGAGAAUGCCUACUCCUACUCCAAGAUCAUAAAGAAGCUUAUCGAAGUGGAUCCCGCCAAAGCAAUGGUGGCGAUCGGUGACAUGAUGCGGAAGAAGAUCACGAUGCCGACGCACCUUAUGUACGACGGGGAAGAUUCGAACAUAUUCGAGCACUUCGCGGUGGUGGCUCAGCGGAUUAGCGUGUACACGGCAGAUUACGCGGAUAUCUUGGAGCUUUUUAUCAGACGGUGGAAGUUAGUGAAGUGGGAGGGAUUAACGGCAGAGGGUGCAAGCGCACAGGAUUUCUUCUGUAGGCUGGCACCGAGGAUUAUAAGGCUUCAGGAAUAG